CAGUAAAAAAAUUGAAGAGAUUUCCUCCAACCAAAUUCAGUCCGUUUUCAAUGGCGAUGUUAAUUCAGAACUUGGCACCACCAUUUUCAUGCCGGAGUUCACUCUAUACGACGUCGUUUUGGCUCCCUUCUUCAUCAUCUUCUUUGUUUCCUAUCACAAUUUUCCCGGGAAAUUACCGAAAUGUACGGAAGAAAUUGAGGGUUUGCAGAGCUAUGAGUAAGCAGACGCCGGCAGAAGGAGCUUCUUCUCCUUUUGUUAAAGAAAUUGAAAGACUUUCAGCUAAAGAAUCUCUGCUACUCGCUUUGAAAGAUGCUGGAGGUUUUGAGGCAGUGAUCACUGGGAGGACAACAGAUGUUCAGCGCGUUGAUGUGAACGAGAGGAUCAUUGCCCUUGAGAGGCUUAAUCCAACACCACGACCCACAACGUCUCCCUUUUUGGAAGGUCUAUGGAAUUUUGAGUGGUUUGGAACUUCAAGCCCGGUGUUCUUGGCUACCAGGCUUUUAUUUGGGAGAAUUCCAUCGACAUUGGCAAAUUUAUCAAAAUUAGAUCUGCUAAUCAGAAAUGGAUAUGGGACUGCUAUUGCGCAUGUGAAAUUAUUGAACACGGUAAUUCAUCUAUGUGAUUAGGUUUCAUAUGCA